AGUUUUCCAGAUUGUAAACGUAGCGACGCGAUUUCUAGUGUGAAUUUGAGAAGGACUCUCUACAAUAUUCCAUCUGUAUGCAAUACAUCUUGCUCGUCUUCAUGAAGGGGAGUGUGUUUGGAAAGCUGUUGCGUGGCGCGGUGUAAAACUGACACUGACACAUCAUCAUGAAGCACAAGUAGCCGUACGAGCUCCACAGGCCGGGAAUUAUGCUCUUUGCAACGUUUCUAGUUUUACUUACAUUCUGUGUGUCAUGUUUUUGCGGGUUAGAUAUAUUUAGAAAGCCAUUAGAUGACUUGGAAAAGAAGUAUGGCUACUUUCCCGACGAUCUCCGCCUUCAGCUACGUGAGGAGGCGAGAGAAAUGUUUUACUUUGGGUACAAUAAUUACAUGAAACAUGCCUUUCCGUUGGAUGAACUAAAUCCCAUUAUGUGCUCAGGCCGUGGCCCAGACUAUGCCAAUCCGUCCAAUAUUAAUAUCAACGACAUACUAGGCGACUACAGUUUGACAUUAGUUGAUUCACUGGACACUUUAGCUGUCCUUGGAAAUGCUUCUGAAUUUCAAUUGGCUGUGGAACGAGUCAUAAAAAAUGUUUCAUUUGAUAAAGAUAAUGUUGUUCAAGUGUUUGAAGCAAACAUUAGGGUACUAGGAGCUCUUUUGUCAGCUCAUUUAUUAAUGACAGAUUCCAGUCAACCGCUGGGACCAUUGAAACCUUCGUGGUAUAAUGACGAAUUACUGCAUCUUGCGCGAGACCUUGCCAACCGACUGCUUCCUGCAUUCACUGAGAGUGCUACUGGCAUUCCAUACCCCAGAGUAAAUCUGCGUCAUGGACGACGUUCCGUGUUGAGCUCUGCAGCACAAUCGGUUGAAACUUGCACAGCUGGUGCUGGAUCAUUGGUUUUAGAAUUUGGAUUACUGAGUCGACUACUGAAGGAUCCUACGUAUGAGGAACUUGCGAGGAAAGCCAGCCGAACCCUAUGGAAUCUACGCUCAAAAACUACUGGACUACUGGGAAAUGUUAUUAAUGCUGAAUCUGGGCAAUGGGUUGGCCGUUUAAGUGGCUUAGGUGCUGGUCUUGAUUCAUUUUACGAAUAUCUCUUGAAAGCCUACAUUAUGUUUGGUGAGCAGGAUGAUUAUAAAAUGUUUUCUGAAUCAUAUGCCAGUAUUAAACAAUAUAUGCGAAGAGGACGCCCCCACUGCAACAAAGGAGAAGGUGAUCAUCCUUUGUAUGUCAAUGUUGACAUGCAAAGCGGAGAUGUCCAUACAUCAUGGAUUGAUAGUCUCCAAGCAGCCUUUAGUGGCAUACAAGUUCUUCACGGAGACGUUGAGGAAGCAAUUUGCUCACAUGCACUGUACUAUUUCAUCUGGAAGUAUUAUGGAGUUCUACCUGAACGCUGGAAUUGGCAACAACUUUCAGCUGAUGUGGCAUUCUACCCUCUCCGUCCAGAGCUCAUAGAGUCUACAUACCUUCUAUACCAGGCUACAAAAAAUCCAUUUUACCUUCAUGUUGGGAAAGAUAUUCUCAGAAGCUUGAACAGUCUUACAAGAACUACAUGUGGUUAUGCAACAAUUCAUAGUGUUUUAGAUCAUAGUCUUGAGGAUCGAAUGGAAAGUUUUUUUCUUAGUGAAACCUGUAAAUAUUUAUUUCUGCUCUUUGAUGCUGAUAAUUUUGUCAAUAAGAAUCAGGGGCGGUAUAUCUUCAGCACAGAAGGACACCUACUCCCAUUGCUUUCUCAGUUCAGAGAUAAUGAUAUUAGAAAGGCAGCCUCACCAAAAAUGAAUACUUUUGCAAACACGUCAACACCUAGAUGUGAAGCAGUUGAUGCGGAGAGAACGUUCUUUCUACCGCUGAAGUCUAAGUACCUGGAUCAGAUAAGUAGGCAAUUAGGGGUCAUCAUCAGCAACUACUCCUAGUAAGAUGGAACAUUGAAACUACCUGGCAUUAAAAAUCUUGCAACAAAGAAGCCAUUUGUUUGCCAAGAAGAGUUAAUUUCUUGUUUUGGUAGUUUAUCUUGUCAUAAAUUUCUAUAACACUUUAAAUAAAUUUUAUUACUUGUUAAUUAUUUGUAAGAAGAACAUUUGUGUUAAGAAAAAGGGGCAAAUCGAAUCAUCUAGAGCUAUCAUUUUAUCUGUUGAUAAAAUCUUCAUUAUAGUAGCAUAUGACUUUUUGCUGUGAUUUAAACUUCCAUUUAAGAAGACUGCCAAUUUUACUUACUGUACAAAUGAAUGGACUAAGAUAAGUGUUGAUCCUCCUGCUGUGUUUUAUGAGCUUUUUUCCCCUUCUUUAGUUCACAAUUUGUGCACUUGAGAAUGUGUGCAACUAAUUGAACUUAGCUGUGAAUAAAUAUAACAGAAGUACAGUAUUUGUUGUACUUUGAGCUCAUGAGUAAUCCAAGUGCCUUCCACAAGAUGUGAUGUGAUGUUCAUUAUUGUCUAGUAAUGUAAGGGUCAAACAUUCCAUUUUGUUUGCUCUAGUUUUUAAGUUUAUGUGAACUUUGAAAUGCCUUUGCCAUGCAUUGGAGUUGUAAACAAUAUUUUUGGAAAUGCAAUACAAUUUAAACAUUUUGUCAAUUUUUCUGUAAGAAUUGUGGACUUAAUCUUCAUAUUGGGCCGACUUUAUUGUACAUUAUUGUACAAUGUGUUUAACUUAAGAAAAUGUCUCUGAUAUUGACCAAGAAGCUUUACUACUAGGCAUUUUACUCCAUACGUUUAAUGAAGAGUUUGUUCCAUAAUCAUUAAUAGUCAAAAUUCAUUGCAUUCUUAAAUUGUCAUGAAGUUUACCAAAGGCUGUCAGAUUUGCUAGUGUAUCUACUUUACCUAGUUUUUUGCUGCAUUGUUUGCAGAAAGAAAAGACAAUUGUUUUUCCUCACUUGGUAGGAAUGAGUGCUAUUUUUAUAUGUAACAUUUUUGAACUUUCUAUUGUGAGUUCUUGUAAAAAAUAUAUUGUAUUGCUCUGAUGUUUUUGUUAUUUUUGUGCUUCAUUUUAAAAUGGUAUUGAUUUUUACCUUCUUUUUUCAAAGACAGAAUGCCUUGCAAUAACACUAGUUAAGAAAUCCUGAAUUAAGUGGGGACCAAGAUUAAUUCAGUAGUUUUUAAUUUAAAACUUGAAAUAGUUUUGGCUGGAAGCAUAGGGCUUAAAAGGUACAGCGCCGGGCAAUGUGUGAACUUAAUACAUCUGUUACAGAACUGUGUUAGAAUGAAGUUGCACCUUUUAAUGAUUCUAGUUUGGUCCAAGGUUGUGAUAAUAAAUGAUGCAUUAAAACAA